AUGUCUGGUCUUGCAGUAAAUGUGAGUAAAACAACUUUAUUCUCUUCGGGGAUUGAGGAGGCGGAGAUUCAGCGUAUUGCAACUCGAUUUGGGUUGGCUCGAUCGAAUCUACCGGUUCGCUACCUUGGCACGCCCCUUUGCACAAAGAAGCUGUCCUUCUCAGAUUGUGAUCCGCUUCUGCUGCAGAUCAAAAAGAAAAUGAGCUCUUGGACUACUAGAGCUCUAUCUAUGGCAGGGAGACUUACCAUGCUAACAUCAGUUAUCUCUGGCAUCAUUGGGAGGUUACUCAAGCUGCGAUCCAAAGCUAUAGAGUUCAUUAGAAUAUCUAUUGGAAAUGGUGAAGCUACUUAUUUCUGGUGGGAUCCAUGGACUCCAUUCGGCUCUCUUUAUAGCUACCUUGGUCAGGAUGGUCCUACUCGCUUGGGUGUACCCUUAUUUGCGCUGGUCUCUGAUGUUUGGAAUGGUAAUUCUUGGUCUCUUCCUGAGGCAAGGUCAAACUGUCAGCUUGAUUUAUUGGCAUUCCUUACUACGAUAUCUCCCACUGACAUACCAGACUCGCCUUCUUGGAUUGUCAAUGGUCAGUCUCAGAAUUUAUUCAUCUCUCGGUUGGUUGGGGAAGCCAUUCGGCCGAAUAUUGCAGCAAAAUCUUGGGCGCCUCUUAUUUGGCACAAAGGUAUCAUUCCCCGUCAUGCAACAACUACUUGGCUCUUUAUUCUUGAUAGGAAUCCAACGCUUGAUCGCCUACAUUCUUGGGGUCUUGAUGUGGAGACUACCUGUCUACUGUGUGGUCUUGACAAUGAGUCAAGGAACCAUCUCUUUUUCGAGUGCCAUUUCUCAUCUCAAGUGUGGUCGUUCAUCUGUGCUCGUCUCAACAUUUUCACUCCUCCUCAUUCAUGGAAUGCGGUGCUGCUAUGGUUGCCUUCUGCCUCACCAGAACGUGCUCUUAAAAUUGCUUUGUUACAGGCUUGGCAGGCAACUGUCUAUUGUCUGUGGCAAGAACGCAAUGCCAGAUUCCACUCCGGUCUCACGAUCCCAGCUGCGGUUUUGGGUCGUAACAUCCACCGCAUUGUCUCUGACAAAGCCAAUGCGUUGGUCUCUCUCGGUCACUCCCUAGGUCCUCCCCUCUUGCGAAUUUGGAAACCUCCUUGA